AUGUCCUCCACUAUUGACAGUUCAUUCAUAACAAAAGCACAUAUACUUGUGAAGAAGGCACAGGAAGCAGAACACUUUGGUCUAAUUGAUGAGGCUAUAGAGUUUCAUCUACAGGCAUCAAACUACUUCAACUUGGCAAUACUACAGACAACCAAUGAACAGACUAUAAGUGCUUUAAAGAUACUGUCACAUAAUCAUCUGUUGAAAUCCACAGAGUUGAAACAGUAUCAAGAUCUAAAGAGUACAGAUGGCUCACAACAACAACAUCUUUCAUCAUCGUCUUCCUCUGUCAUCAAUGUUGGCGCAUCACCUGUGGCCCCAACAGAUUCAAUACCCAACAUUGACUACUUCACACAGCCAAGCACAUCACCCAACUCUCUCUGGGUUGGCAUCGAGAAGCUGUUGGACAUCCUGCCGAAACCCUUGAUGUUCCAACGUCAGCGCAAGUCCACUGAUAGACUGCCAAUCGAUGGUUCACUGCUCAACAGCUUCUUCUUUGUUGAGGCAGGAGAGAACAACAAUAAUCAAGUCAACAAUGAAGUCGAUGAUGAGGAUGACAUUGAUAUGGAUGACAAUCGUGGUGUGCUGCCGCAGAGCAUGGUAGAUGUUGAGCAGAGUAUGGAGGACUCUAUGCUCAAGCUGAGGCAGGAGCUCAACCUAGUCAAUCAAACAGUUAAAGUUCUAAUCGAUGAGAAUGAACGCAAUGCUAGGUAUCUAAGGAACAUGACACAAGAGAACGUCUACCUGAAGAGAUGCAUCAUCCAGUUUCGGCAAGAGAUCGAGAAGAAGACACUAAAGAUGAAGAUGAGUGAUCAAGGACAUCCUAGUUCAUCGAUGAACUCCUCCUCCUCAACAAUACCAACUACUUCCACCAGCAACAGUAACAAUACCAAUCAACAACCUUCCACAACAACAAUGCAAACAACAAUCUUGUCGACACCGCCAAACAAUGUUGUUCACCGACAACCAAACAAUAGUAGUGCACUAUUGUCUCCAAUGUCUCAUCAUUAUCCAACGAACUAG